GUGAGGGGUGCUGGGAGCCAGCGGGGCGGCCGCGGUUCUCCGGCUGCGCAUGUGCGGGGCGCUGGGCCGGCGGAGGCGCGGUGUCGGGGGCUGGGGAGCGCGGCUGGCGGCCUGCGCCUGCCUCCCGCUGCCGCGGGUACGCGGCGUGUGGUUUCCUCCCCUACUCAGGCCGUGACCUCGAAGGGAAGGAAGCGGAGCGGCUUCGCCCGGCGGGGUGGGGGGGCGGAGCUGCGGGCGGUAGACGUUGUGUGGCGGAGGGAGGGGUGGGGGUUGGUGGCACCGCAGCUCCUGCGUGUCCGUUGAGGAGCGGGUGAAACGGCUGCCGCGCGCGCCCACCCGCCGUCCGCGUGUCCCGUGUGUCUCCUCCUUCCGCCCUGGGGCUGAGGAGAGCGGGGCCGUGCGCGGUCUCUAUUCCCGCACCUCCUAAUACCGGGGGGUUCCGAGAGGAACUUGCUCAGAAACCUCUGAACAGCUUACCGUUUUUCCCGCCCCCCGAAGUUAACAGAGACCGAUAUGGUUGAAAACUCUCCAGCCCCGUUGCCAGAAAGGGCAAUAUAUGGAUUUGCUCUUUUUUUAGGAUCGUGGUUUGGCUUUAUAUUGUAUCUUAUCUGGGCAUAUGUUCCCGAGACUUGGCUAUUCUCAUUGGGACUAACAUACUGGCCUCAAAAGUACUGGGCAGUUGCUUUGCCAGCAUACCUACUUGUUGCUGUAGGAAUUGGUUAUAUAUUACUUUUUGGUAUUAACAUGAUGAGUACAGCUCCACUUAACUCCACACAUACCAUUACAGAUAACUACACAAAAAAGCAGCAACAGAAGAAAAUUCAAGAAGAAGCAAUUCCAGCAUUGAGGGAUAUUCCCAUCAGUGAAGUAAACAGAAUGUUUUUCCUUCCUGAAAAAGGAAUCUGCAAUAGCAGAUAGUCAUUAUUAAGAUCUGUUUGAAUAAAGGAUUAGUAGAAGUGUUACAUAAGGAAAAUCAAAACCUCUUUAAGCUAAAAACAAUGCUUUUUCUGCUUGUAAACAAAGCUUUUUUUUUCCUGACUUUCUAACUAAAUUGAUGUUAACACGUUUCAUUGAGAUGGCUUGAUUUUAUUAUUAUGCAUGUGCCUUAAUAACCUGAGAAUUAUGCCACUUUAAUUUAUCUGACCAUUCUUCUGAGUUUAAAAUAACAUUCUAUUGCUUGUAGAUUUCUGCUUGUAAUUUCCCCCUGAGAGCGGAUGUAGUUUACUUCUAUUUCCCUUUGAAUUCAGGGAGAGAAAAUGUGUUUUGCUAGUCAAAAGCUUGAGGAUGUCUUUUUUUUUUUUACAAGUUAUGAUAGUUUGAAUUGUUUACAUUGUAAAUACACAGGUUUCAUUUGUAAAUAUUAAUAAAAUAUAGCUAAUUUUUACUUGUUUAAAUUUA